AUGUCUGGACGUGGCAAGCAGGGCGGCAAAGCACGGGCUAAGGCCAAGACCCGCUCUUCCCGGGCAGGACUACAAUUCCCCGUGGGCCGUGUGCACCGCCUGCUCCGCAAGGGCAACUACGCCGAGCGGGUGGGAGCCGGCGCGCCGGUGUACCUGGCGGCGGUGCUGGAGUAUCUGACCGCCGAGAUCCUUGAGCUGGCGGGCAACGCGGCCCGCGACAACAAGAAGACGCGCAUCAUCCCGCGCCACCUGCAGCUGGCCAUCCGCAACGACGAGGAGCUCAACAAGCUGCUGGGUAAAGUCACCAUCGCGCAGGGCGGCGUCCUGCCCAACAUCCAGGCCGUGCUGCUGCCCAAGAAGACCGAGAGUCACCACAAAGCCAAGGGCAAAAGAGGAAACCAGAGCACCGGAGACGCGGCAUCUUCCUCCAGAUUCCAUCACUUGUAAGUGGUGGAGCCAGAAU